CACCCUCCGCCGGGGAGCUGCGUCCCGUCCUGUCCAUUCCGGUCCCCGGCGCGGCCCGGCCCGUGCGCUUGCUCCAGCCGCCUUCCGCCGUCUGCCCCCCGCCAUGGCCAGCCUGUGGCUGUCCGGCCCGGCCCCGCUGCGGCCGCUGCUGCUGCUCCUGGUGGUGACCGCGCGCGCCCUGCACGGCGCCGACGGGACGUGCCCAGAGCGCGCGCUGGAGCGGCGGGAGGAGGAGGCGAACGUGGUGCUCACAGGCACCGUGGAGGAGAUCCUCAACGUGGACCCUGUGCAGCACACGUACUCGUGCAAGGUUCGGGUCUGGCGGUACUUGAAGGGCAAAGAUGUGGUGACUCAGGAGAGCCUACUGGAUGGCGGCAACAAGGUGGUGAUCGGUGGCUUUGGAGACCCCCUCAUCUGUGACAACCAGGUGUCCACUGGGGACACAAGGAUCUUUUUUGUGAACCCUGCACCCCCGUACCUGUGGCCAGCCCACAAGAACGAGCUGAUGCUCAACUCCAGCCUCAUGCGCAUCACCCUGCGGAACCUGGAGGAGGUGGAGCACUGUGUGGAAGACAAACCCGGGACCCACUUCACACCGGUGCCCCCAACACCUCCGGACGCCUGCCGGGGGAUGCUGUGUGGCUUUGGCGCCGUGUGUGAGCCCAGCGUGGAGGACCCCGGCCGAGCCUCCUGCGUGUGCAAGAAGCGGCCCUGUCCCGGGGUGGUGGCGCCCGUGUGCGGCUCUGACGCCUCCACCUACAGCAACGAGUGCGAGCUGCAGCGGGCGCAGUGCAGCCAGCAGCGGCGCAUCCGCCUGCUCUCCCACGGGCCCUGCGGGCCCCGCGACCCCUGCUCCAACGUGACCUGCAGCUUCGGCAGCACCUGCACGCGCUCUGCCGAUGGACAGACAGCCACGUGCCUGUGCCCCGCCUCCUGCCAGGGGGUUCCUGGGGGCCCCGUGUGCGGCAGCGACGGCGCCGACUAUCCCAGCGAGUGCCAGCUCCUGCGCCAGGCCUGCGCCCGCCAGGAGAACAUCUUCAAGAAGUUCGACGGCCCCUGCGACCCCUGCAAGGAUGCCCUCAGCGACCCGAGCCGCAUCUGCCGCGUGAACCCUCAAACCCGGCGGCCCGAGAUGCUGCUCCGGCCAGAGAGCUGCCCGUCCCGGCAGGCGCCUGUGUGUGGGGACGACGGCGUCACCUACGACAGCGAGUGCGUCAUGGGCCGCACCGGGGCCGCCCGCGGCAUGCACCUGCAGACAGUGCGCACCGGACGGUGCCAGCCUCAAGACCAGUGCCCAGACACCUGCAGGUUCAACGCCAUGUGUCUGGUCCGCCGCGGCCGGCCCCGCUGCUCCUGUGACCGCAUCGUCUGCGACGGGGCCUACAGACCCGUGUGCGCCCACGACGGGCGCACGUACGACAACGAGUGCCGGCGCCAGCAGGCCGAGUGCCGGCAGCAGCGCGCCGUCCCCACCAGGCACCAGGGCCCCUGUGACCAGCCCCGGUCCCCGUGCCUCGGGGUGCAGUGCCUGUUCGGGGCGGUGUGUGUCGUGAAGAACGGGGGAGCUGAGUGCGUGUGCCAGCAGGCGUGCCCAGGCGUCUACGACCCCGUGUGCGGCAGUGAUGGCGUCACGUACGGCAGCGCCUGCGAGCUGGAGGCCAUGGCCUGCACCCUCAAGCGGGAGAUCCGGGUGGCUCGCAGAGGACCCUGUGACCGCUGUGGGCAGUGCCGCUUCGGCGCCCUGUGCGAGGCCGCGACCGGGCGCUGCGUGUGCCCCUCCGGGUGCGUGGCCCUGGCCGAGCCCGUGUGCGGCUCAGACGGGCACACGUACGCCAGCGAGUGCGAGCUGCACGUCCACGCCUGCACACGCCAGAUCAGCCUGCACGUGGCCUCGCCCGGACCCUGCCAGACCUGCGGAGACACGGUGUGCGCCUUCGGGGCGGUGUGCCUGGCCGGGCAGUGUGUGUGUCCCCGGUGCGAGCGCCCCCCACCCGGCCCCGUGUGCGGCAGCGACGGCGUCACCUACGGCAGUGCCUGCGAACUCCGCGAGGCCGCCUGCCGGCAGCAGACCCAGAUCGAGGAGGCCCGGGCGGGGCCCUGCGAGCAGGCCGAGUGCGGCUCCGGAGGCUCCGGCUCCGGGGAGGACGGCGAGUGCGAGCAGGAGCUGUGCCGGCAGCGCGGCGGCGUCUGGGACGAGGACUCGGAGGACGGGCCGUGCGUCUGCGGCUUCCGCUGCGAGGGCGUCCCGCGGAGCCCGGUCUGCGGCUCCGACGGGGUCACCUAUGGCUCGGAGUGCGCGCUGAAGAAGGCCCGGUGCGAGUCCCGGCGGGAGCUGCACGCGGUGGCUCUGGGGGCCUGCCGAGGCCCCACUGUGGCCCCGAGGCCGCCGGCAGUCCCCCUGCACUGCACCCAGACCCCCUUCGGCUGCUGCCGGGAUAAUGUCACUGCUGCCCGGGGCGUGGGCCUGGCCGGCUGCCCCGGUGUGUGCCAGUGCAACCCACACGGCUCCUAUGGUGGCACCUGUGACCCAGGCACGGGCCAGUGCUCCUGCCGCCCGGGCGUGGGGGGCCUCAAGUGUGACCGCUGUGAGCCUGGCUACUGGAACUUCCGUGGCAUCGUCACCGAUGGCCGGAGUGGCUGCACCCCGUGCAGCUGUGACCCCCGGGGGGCUGUGCGGGACGACUGUGAGCAGAUGACCGGGCUGUGCUCCUGCAAGCCGGGGGUGGCUGGGCCCAAGUGCGGGCAGUGUCCAGGCGGCCGCGCCCUGGGCCCCUCUGGCUGUGAGACAGACCCCUCGGCGCCCAAGACCUGUGCUGAGAUGCGCUGUGAGUUCGGGGCGUCCUGCAUGGAGGAGGCUGGCUCCGCCCACUGCAUGUGCCCCACACCCACGUGUCCGGGGGUGAAUGCGACCAAGGUCUGUGGCUCGGAUGGAGUCACCUACGGCAACGAGUGUCAGCUGCGGACCAUCGCCUGCCGCCAGGGCCUGGACAUCUCCAUCCAGAGCCUCGGCCCCUGCCAGGAGGCUGUCGCUCCUGGCGCCCGUCCGACACCCGCGGCCGCGGCCGCCUCAGGACACCGCCUGAGCGAGGCGCUCCCACCCAGUGCCCGGGCUCCGGCUCCCAGCAGCACCCCGCACAGCCGGCCCACCCCUCGCCCCUCGCCGCAGCCUCAGACCACCGCCAGCAUCCCUCGGACCACCUGGAGGCCUGCACUGACCGUGCCCCCCACGACACCCCCCGCGGCGGCCGGCCUCGCCACGUCUGCCUUCAGCGAGUCAGGCAGCGCCGACGGGAGUGGCGACGAGGAGCUGAGCGGGGACCUGGAGGCCAGCGGGGCCGGCUCGGGGGGACUCGAGCCCCCCGGGGGCGACAGCGCUGUGACCCCGGGGCCACCCAUCGAGAAGGCCUCGUGCUACAACUCACCUUUGGGUUGCUGCUCGGACGGCAAGACGCUCGCGCUGGACGCCGAGGGCUCCAACUGUCCCGCCACCAAGGCGUUCCAGGGCGUGCUGGAGCUCGAGGCGGUUGACGGGCAGGAGCUGUUCUACACCCCCGAGAUGGCCGACCCCAAGUCGGAGCUGUUCGGAGAGACGGCCAGGAGCAUCGAGAGCGCCCUGGAUGACCUUUUCCGGAACUCGGACGUUAAGAAGGACUUCUGGAGUGUCCACCUGAGGGACCUGGGGCCAGGCAACACUGUCCGGGCGAUUGUGGACGUGCACUUCGACCCCACCACGAGCUUCAGGGCGCCCGACGUGGCCCGGGCCCUGCUCCGGCAGGUCCAGGCGUCCCGGCGUCGGCCCCUGGGGGUGCGCCGGCCGCUGCAGGAGCACGCGCGCUUCAUGGACUUCGACUGGUUUCCUGCGUUCUUCACGGGAGCCACCCCUGCCGCGGCCACGGCCAGGGCCACCACCUCCGCCUUUCCCGCGGCGACCCCUCGGGCGCUCUACCCCAGCCACACCAGCCGGCCCGUCAGCAGGACCACAGCGGCCCCCACCACGCGACGGGCCCCCACCACAGCCCCCCAUCGCACGCAGCAGCCCCUGAGGCCCUGCGACUCCCAGCCCUGCCUCCAUGGGGGCACCUGCCAGGACCGAGACUUGGGUGGAACCUUCACCUGCAGCUGCCCAGCCGGCAGGGGGGGCGCCGUCUGUGAAGAGGCAUUGCGCCCCUCAGUGCCGUCCUUUGGGGGCCGCUCCUUCCUGGCCUUCCCGACCCUCCGAGCCUACCACACGCUGCGCCUGGAGUUGGAGUUCCGCGCGCUGGAGCCACAGGGGCUGCUGCUCUACAACGGCGGGGCCCGCGGCAAGGACUUCCUGGCGCUGGCCCUGGUGGGGGGCCGUGUGCAGCUCAGAUUUGACACAGGUUCAGGACCCUUGGUGCUGACCAGCACAGUGCCCGUGGAGCCCGGCCGGUGGCACCGCCUGGAGCUGUCCCGGCACUGGCGCCAGGGGAAUCUCUCAGUGGACGGCGAGCCCCCUGUCCUGGGCCAGAGCCCCAGUGGCACUGAUGGCCUCAACCUGGACACAGAGCUCUUCGUGGGCGGCGUCCCAGAGGACCAGGCGUCCGUGGUGCUCGAGCGGACCUCCGUCGGCGUCGGCCUCAGGGGCUGCAUCCGCCUGCUGCACGUCAACAACCAGCGCUUGGAGCUCAGCAGCUGGCCGGGGGCGGCCACCAGAAGCUCCGGCGUGGCCGAGUGUGGGGCCCACCCCUGCCUGCCCAGCCCCUGCCUCAGGGGCGCCCCGUGCCGGGCCCUGGAGGCCGGCGUGUUCCACUGCCAGUGCCCGCCGGGCCGCUUCGGCCCAACCUGUGCGGAGGAGAAGAACCCGUGUGAGCCGAACCCCUGCCACGGGGCAGCCCCCUGCCGUGUGCUGCCGGGGGGUGAGGCCGAGUGCGAGUGCCCCCUGGGCCGGGGGGGCACUCUCUGCCAAACAGUCUCGGCACGGAGCGACGCCCGGCCCUUCCUGGCUGACUUCGGUGGCUUCUCCUACCUGGAGCUGAGAGGCCUGCACACUUUCGAGCGGGACCUGGGGGAGAAGAUGGCGCUGGAGGUGGUGUUCCUGGCCCGGGGCGCCAACGGCCUGCUCCUGUACAACGGGCAGAAGACGGAUGGCACGGGGGACUUCGUGUCACUGGCGCUGCGGGACGGCCACCUGGAGUUCCGUUACGACCUGGGCAAGGGGGCGGCGGUCAUCAGGAGCAAGGAGCCGGUGGCCCUGGGCACCUGGACCCGGGUCUCCCUGGAGCGAAACGGCCGCAAGGGCGCCAUGCGCGUGAGCGACGGGCCCCGCGUGCAGGGCGAGUCCCCGAAAUCCCGAAAGGUGUCGCACACCGUCCUCAACCUGAAGGAGCCGCUCUACCUGGGCGGGGCUCCCGACUUCAGCAAGCUGGCCCGGGCCGCCGCCAUGUCCUCUGGCUUCGAUGGCGUCAUCCAGCUGGUCUCUCUGAAGGGCCACCAGCUGCUGACCCAGGAGCACGUGGUGCGGGCGGUGGACGUCUCCCCCUUUGCGGACCACCCGUGUACCCAGGCCUCGGGACACCCCUGCCUCCACGGGGCCUCCUGCCUGCCCCGGGGGGCCUCCUACGAGUGCCUGUGCCCCGGGGGCUUCUCGGGGCCGCACUGCGAGAUGGGGCUGAUGGAGAAGUCGGCAGGGGACCUCGACGCGCUCGCCUUCGACGGACGGACCUACGUCGAGUACCUCAACGCCGUGACGGAGAGCGAACUGACCAAUGAGAUCCCAGCCCCCGAAGCGCCGGGUUCCGGGGCCCUGCACAGCGAGAAGGCGCUGCAGAGCGACCACUUCGAGCUGAGCCUGCGCACGGAGGCCACGCAGGGGCUGGUGCUGUGGAGCGGCAAGGCCACGGAGCGGGCCGACUACCUGGCCCUGGCCAUCGUGGACGGGCGCCUGCAGCUGGCCUACGACCUGGGCUCCCAGCCCGUGGUGCUGCGCUCCACCGUGCCGGUCAACACCAACCGCUGGCUGCGGGUCCGGGCGCACAGGGAGCAAAGGGAAGGCUCCCUUCAGGUGGGCAACGAGGCCCCCGUGACCGGCUCCUCCCCUCUGGGCUCCACGCAGCUGGACACAGACGGAGCCCUGUGGCUGGGGGGCCUGGCGAGACUGCCCGUGGGCCCCGCCCUGCCCAAGGCCUACGGCGCCGGCUUCGUGGGCUGCCUGCGGGACGUGGUGGUGGGGCGGCGGGCCCUGCACCUGCUGGAGGACGCCGUCACCAAGCCCGAGCUGCAGCCCUGUCCCGCCCCGUGAGCCGCCACAGCCUCCACCGCCUGUUGCCGUCUUUUUAUAUUUUUGUACACUUGUUGCUUUUUGAUAUGAUUUUCUUGCCUGUGUUUUGGCUGGAAGGACUCCGGGCCUGGCCUCCCUCCCGUCCAGGCAGGAGAGCCGCGGAGACACACACUCGGCCGAGGGGGCAGCGCGGCUCCACCUCAGGACACACCGCCGCCUCCGCCCAGCCCCGCGGGCGCGCUCCCUGCGGGUGGGCGGGCCCCGGGCCGCACGCGGCUCCACCUGGUGCAGCCCCGGAGGGGAAGCUGCUGCCGGGGCUGCCGGGGCCCCUCCCAGGCCUACACCGGGCUGGUCUCUGUCCCGCUGCAAGCGGGCCAGGCCCCCAGGACCAGGCCCCCGCCUGGCCGGCCCCUCCUGGGCCCCCGGUGCCAAUGCUGUGACUUAGGACGUUACCGUUGGGGCCACCCAGCGCUGCCCCGACCCCCCCCCCCCCAGCUGUGUCUACCGGUCCCGGGUGCUGGAGAGCAGAGGCCGGGCCCAGGCCUGUUCCAGGGCCCUUGCCCUCAGCCGGCCCUGUCCACCCUCCCGGCCACCUUGGACGUGGCUGUGUCCCCUGCCCAGCACCUGAGGCCCCAGGAGGAACCCUGAGAGGCAGUGGGCCACUGGGGUGUGGGCGAUGGCCCUGCGUCGCCUGCUUCAGUGCCCCCCUCGACCAGACAGACGUCCAGGCGACCACCAGCCGCAGAGUUCCCAACGCCGUCGCUUUUAUUUGGCAUCUGGGGCGGUGGGCUGUCACCUCCGCCCGAGAGCAGCUGAGGACACUGUGUGGCAGACCCUCACUCUGGUUCUGGGGGGGCGGGUGUCCUCACUCCAGGAAGACCAGAGGUCAGCGGGGCGUCGCACCGCGGCCAGGGGGCAGGGGCAGGGAAGGCAGGGAUGGCUGUGAGGCCAGAAGCGCCUUGAACUGCAACGCCCCGCCCUGCCCCGCCCGGCGCACUGGUGGGGUGCCGGUCCCGCUCCCACAGCUGGGCCUGGGCUGGGCUGUUCGGCCCUAGGGCUGAAGGGCCCGCACAUCACACUACUAACUCCAGUCUGUGUCUGUGUCAGUCACCGUGAAAUAAAGUCUGAACACGUCA